AUGGCAGUUAAUCCAUCCAUUCUCUUAACCAUGUUCCCUCUCUUUCUCUUCUUGAGCCUUACCAACGCUGCGAUCCCGGGCGUCUACUCCGGUGGCUCUUGGCAAACCGCUCACGCCACUUUCUACGGUGGCGACGACGCUUCAGGAACCAUGGGUGGCGCUUGCGGUUACGGGAAUUUAUACAGCCAAGGAUACGGCACUAACACGGCGGCCCUGAGCACGGCGCUUUUCAACAAUGGCUUAACCUGUGGCGCAUGCUUUGAAAUCAAAUGUGUCAAUGAUCCUAAAUGGUGUCAUUCAGGCAGUCCUUCUGUUUUUGUAACCGCAACCAACUUUUGUCCUCCCAACUUAGCUCAGCCUAGCGACAAUGGUGGCUGGUGCAACCCACCACGCGCUCACUUCGACCUGGCCAUGCCAGUUUUCCUCAAGAUCGCCGAGUAUCGUGCCGGCAUUGUCCCUAUUUCAUACCGCAGGGUGGCAUGUAGGAAGAGUGGAGGGAUAAGGUUUACGAUCAACGGCCACCGUUACUUCAACUUGGUGCUGAUCACGAACGUGGCUGGAGCAGGAGACAUCGUGAGGACGAGCGUGAAAGGAUCAAAGACUGGUUGGAUGGGUUUGACUAGGAACUGGGGACAGAACUGGCAGUCUAAUACUGUUCUCGUUGGUCAGUCACUUUCCUUCCGUGUCACAACGAGCGACCGUAGAACCUCCACUUCAUGGAACAUCGUACCUUCAAACUGGCAGUUUGGACAAACCUUUGUCGGAAAAAACUUCAGAGUCUAA